AUGAACAGUGAAGUUUCUGUGGAAUCCGUGCUUCAAGCUCAUGUUUCCGGAAAUAAAACCUUAAAAGAAAACUUGAAAACAAAUGAGGUGCCUAUUGCCGACCUGAUAGAUUUCAAUGCAUCAGUAUCUACUCCCCCUGCUAAAGCCGCCAAAUCAACAACUUCUUCGUCCCCUCCCACCGCUCAAAGUACUCAUUUACUAGACUGA